AAUGGUAAUGGCAACGGCAAUGGAGGCACCGAUCCGCCCCAGGAGCCCGGCCAGGCCCAGGUGUCGACGGCUGAGUUGCCAACGCCCGGCCAUGUGGAUGGCGACGAUGGCGCUGCAGCUGGUCCAAGCGCUGCUGGCGAGGCUGUCGAUGAUGCGGCCACUGAUGCGGGUGCCAGCUCGUUGCCGCCGUCGGAAAUUGGCGGUCGCCCGCCCUUGGAUACGGCCUGUUCGGAUGGCGGCGGCGCCUCCAGCCUGGCUGGCGGCAUCGUUGGGCCGCCCAGUCCGUUAACCGGCUGCUAUUUGCUGAUUGUGAUGGGCGAGCCGCACUCCGAGGAGCACAAGGACAACAUCUUGCAGCAUUUGCUUAAGGGUUUUCUCUCCUGGGAUGUAUCCGAUUGUCAUGUCGACUUGGAGGAGGAGCUCAAUACAAUCACACAACAUGCACCCGAGGGCGAGGAGGCGCGUCACGGUGAGCGACUUAUACAAUAUGCCAGUGAGAAUCUUGUGACGGAGGUGCUCAUACAUCCACAAUACAAUACGCUUAUACAAUGCAUGCGUAAUCUACUCAGUAGUUUUACGAGGCAUCGGCAUAUUAUACACGCUGGCUACACCUUUAGUGGCAACGGUUCUUGGAUCCUACAGGAUGGCACCUUCUCGGUGGCUGACUUUGCGGAGGCAUUUCAAGAGCACGACGUACAAAGGGUGAUACGCGCCUAUGCGGAUACCAUAACGAUGAAUAUACACUGUGCAGAUGCUGGGCUCUGGCACACAUUACCGGAUAAGGUCUUUUCACGGCAGUGUAAAAUACGCAUCAAUCCGGUGGAUGUGCUGGAUACCAGCAGCGAGUACAUCAACGGCUUUAUAGAUUAUCUGGCGCCAAUGCUGGUGCCAACUUCUCUGCGAGAGUUGCUAGAGACGUCGGAUGUGGUGGGCAAUAUACGUUUCACACACCCUACGCUCUAUGUAUUUCCCGGAGGCCAGGGUGAUGCCGCUCUUUUUGGCAUCAACGGCUUUAACAUGCUAGUUGAUGGCGGCUUCAAUCGUAAGGCUUGCUUCUGGGACUUUGCACGGCACUUGGAUCGCCUGGAUGCGGUGCUGAUGACGCGCCUGAACAACAGCAAUGUCCAGGGACUGGGAGCUGUGGUAUCACGCAAGCGGGACUCGCACGUCUAUCCACAGAUUGGGCACUUCUUCGGCAAUGUGCCCGACCGGAAGGGUGGUCUGCCCAGUCCCGAUGGUGAUAAGGAUCGCAAUCCACUGCUCAUCGAUCUGUUUGAGCGGGGUCAUGGCUUGGUCAACGAUCUCAAGUCGCUUGACCUCAAGCCGCAGUGCUGCUAUCGCAAUCAAGAGCCCAUAAACCUGUACCACAAGGUUGGCCACGGUACCCUAGAUAUGUAUGUGAUAAGUCCCUCGCGGGACUCCAAAGAGGUCAAAGAGUUUCUACAAAAAUGGAAUUCGGGUGAUCAGCGUCUGUUUACGGCACGCGACACCAAGGAGUUUAAUUUUCCCUUGCAGAAUUUGGUAUCCAUUUGCGCGCUACUCGUCUGGCAGCCAGCUAACCCGGAUGAUACUAUCACACGUAUCCUCUUUCCGGGCAGUACACCAGACUUCAAGAUCCAAGAGGGUCUCGAGAAGCUCAAGCAUCUGGAGUUUAUGAAGCACUCCACCUGCACGGCCAAGUCAAUAGCUCCAGCUAUACAGACUGUGACAAGUACUCGAAAGACACUAAAAUCAGCUAUCGAAGGAACUCCACCCAGUGCUAGCUACAAAUCUAGUAAAUUCGGUCCAACUGCUAUUGCAGCCGUGGCUGUGCAGCAGGAUAACAAGGCAAAGGAAGCUAAGGAAGCCGCAGCAGCGGCAGCCGCAGCAGCAGCAGCUGCUGCAGUAGCUGCCGCAGCAGUGGCUGUCUUAACGGAAACACCCGGUGAACAAGUGGAACAACCCACACCGCUUCUGAGUGCUAAAGCGGACUCCAUAGACACGGAUGAGCCAGACGCUGAACCUGAACCCGAGCUCGCUAUCGACACUGGUGACGAGGGAGCGCCAGAGCCAUCCAUUCCUUCCACAGAGCCAGCUGAGCAGGAAGACAACAAGGACACUGAUGAAGAGAAAAAGGUAGAGGUGUUGAUUGUCAAGCCACAACCGUCAGCUGUGUCUGCCAAGGAUGCAGUUGAUGCACCCGCAACAGAAGCUAGCAGCAAGGCAGCGAAGGCCACCAAGGGCAAGCCGGAUAAGCCUCGAGCGGAAGUAAAGCCAGUUAUACGCUCAAGAAUUGACAGCAAGCCGCCAAAAUCCAUGGACCGCAAACUGGUUAAGCGUGAGGAGAAAAAGAGCUCGCCUACUGCCACACCAGCUGUGAGCCGAACGCCAGCUACGCGUGAUGUCAAACCGAAGGUAAUGACACGCACUACCAAGUCGAGUCCCAGCAGCACGCCUGCCAAGAGCGCCAAAGAGGCCAACAACCGCAAGGUGCUUGAGUCCAAGCAACAGGCGACAGCGGCCCGGCAAAGCACAACCAGCACACGUCGCACUGUUAGCACCGUAGAGAAGAAGUCAGUGGAGUCGAAGGCAACGCAGCAGGCAACGAUGCAAGCAGCGCAACGCAAGCCCAUCUCUCGAAGGCCACGAGGAGUCUCCCCCUCUAAGCGAGCUCCGGCGCCUGGCAGUCCAAUUAAGUCAGCUAAGCCAAAACCUGAUUUAAAGAAGUCACGACUGGAUAAGGGUGGCACUACAGACUCCAGCUUGGUGUCCACACCGUCGGCGGAUGAGGCGACGGCAGCCAAAAAGAUGCUAGAGCUAAGUGCCUCACAGGAGUUAGAUGCUGAAAAGCAGCGCGAAUUGGAUGACCUUAAGGAGGAACAGGAAGUUGUGCGAGAAAUAGAAGCAGUUUUCAGUCGCGACGAGAUGAAACGGCAGCACUUGAUCAAGGCGGAGCUGCGGGAGAUGGCCAAGCAGGACAGCACAACGGAAGCCGACGAAGAAGAGGAAUACCUGAUUAUUGAAAAGGAAGAGGUGGAACAGUACACAGAGGACUCAAUUAUUGAGCAAGAGCAGGAGAGCAGUAUGACCAAGGAAGAAGAGAUUCAAAAGCAUCAGCGCGACUCGCAAGAGUCAGAGAAAAAGCGUAAGAAAAGUGCAGAGGAGGAAAUCGAAGCCGCAAUCGCAAAGGCUGAAGCAGAGGAGCGUAAGGCUCGUCUGGAGAGCAGUGAAGCAGCGAGGCAUGAACUGCACGAACAGUUAGCCAGUCCAGAGAAAACGGAAAUCAAGGCUGAGGUUCAAGAUAUCAUAUCCACUGCCAAGGACAUUGUCAAGUCUCGCACUGAGGAACUACCCCAGGCCAAGCAUGCUGAAGAGGAGUUCUCCUCUCCUACGCCCGAUGAUAAGCUCAGCAGCGCCAAGAAAACUUCUGAUACUAAAGACGAGCUGAUUGAAGCACCUGAGUUGCCGCCCAUUAAUUUACAGGAAAGUCUUCCAGAGGAAAAAUUCUCAGCCACAAUCGAAUCGGGAGCUACUACAGCUCCAACACUACCCGAAGAUGAACGAAUUCCAUUGGACAAAAUUAAGGAGGACCUAGUUAUCGAGGAAAAAUAUGUGAAAGAGGAAACCAAGGAAAUUGAGUCCAUUGUUGUGGCUACUGUGGCUGUGCCUGUCGCAACAGCGGCAGCGGCAGCGGCAGCGGCGGCAAUUAUUGCUGCAACCGAAACUAAAUUAGCGGUCGCUGCUGAGCCGCAUGCUACUGGCAUAGAUUCUGCAGAGCGAGUCUUACCAAAGAAAAUGACUUUUGAGGCACAACAGAAUCUAAUGCGUGAUGUUAUAAAAACACCCGAUGAGGUGGCAGACUUGCCGGUUCAUGAGGAAGCUGACCUCGGGCUCUAUGAGAAAGACACGCAAGAUGCCGGUGCGAAGAGCAUUUCACACAAAGAAGAGACUGCUAAAGAGGAAAAAGAAACCGAAGAUGAAAAAGUUGUCAAAGAUAUUGAUAUAGAAGAGGUAGCAGAAAUUAUUCCUGAGCCCGAAAUUAUUUCGAAGGCAGAGGCCCCCGCUAAGCUAGAGUCUGACGGAAAGACAACUGAAGUCGACUUUGUCAAGAAAAUCGAUAGUAUAAGUGAAGCGAUUCCGGACAACGACAAAGUGGCGAUAAAGCACGAGCAACCGGUUGAAAAAAUCGAAAAAAAAUUGGCAAGCACACCCGAUGAAAAAGAAACUAGCGAUAUAACAUCCGAAGAUGAAUUGCCAGCGCAUCCUGUACAACCCACCGUUGCACUGACUAAAGUAAAGGAUCGCGAAGACACGGUAUCUCUAGAAAGCCCUGCAACGAUUGAAGAAGCUAUUGAGGUUGAAGUGCAGAUUGCGAAAACGGAAGUCCACGACGUACAGAUGGCGAAGAAGGAAGUCCAUCAGCAAUUCACUAUAACAGAUAAAAAGAAAGAAGUAUCACAACGCACAGACGACCACGAAAUGACAGAAAAUCUAAAAUCAACUGAAAGUUCAAAACCAGAAAGCUUGAAAGAUGAUAAGUCUGUACCUGCCUCUACGGAAGCAUCAAUACCUGGAUCAGUUGCCGAAAGUGUCAAAGGUGAACUAAUGAAGCCAGAAAGCCGUAUUGAUGAUAAGUCAACACAGCCGUCUAGGCGGGAAUCCGUUGAAGAGAGUAAUCAGAAGGAGAGUAUCAAAGAUGACAAGUCUCAGCCAGUCUCUAAAGAGCCAUCCCGACCAGGUUCCGUGGUUGAAAGUGUAAAAGAUGAUCACGACAAACUUGAUAGUCCAAAAGAUGAAAAAUCUGCAGUUUCUUCGAGACGAGAAUCUGUUGUGGAGGGAUCUAAGCCUGAGGGUUUGAAAGAUGAUAAAUCUCUGCCAGUUUCCAAAGAACCAUCACGUCCGGCUUCUGCGGUAGAAAGCGUGAAGGAUGAGCAUGAAAAGCCAGAAAGUGUAAAGGACGAUAAGUCUGCAGAGCCUUCAAGACGCGAAUCUGUUGUGGAGGGAUCUAAGACUGAGAGCUUGAAAGAUGACAAGUCUCUGCCUGUUUCCAAAGAACCAUCACGUCCGGGCUCUGCGGUAGAAAGCGUGAAGGAUGAGCAUGAAAAGCCAGAAAGUGUAAAGGACGAUAAGUCUGCAGAGCCUUCAAGACGCGAAUCUGUUGUGGAGGGAUCUAAGCCUGAGAGCUUGAAAGAUGACAAGUCUCUGCCUGUUUCCAAAGAACCAUCACGUCCGGGCUCUGCGGUAGAAAGCGUGAAGGAUGAGCAUGAAAAGCCAGAAAGUGUAAAGGACGAUAAGUCUGCAGAGCCUUCAAGACGCGAAUCUGUUGUGGAGGGAUCUAAGCCUGAGAGCUUGAAAGAUGACAAGUCUCUGCCUGUUUCCAAAGAACCAUCACGUCCGGGCUCUGCGGUAGAAAGCGUGAAGGAUGAGCAUGAAAAGCCGGAAAGUCCGAAGGACGAUAAGUCUGCAGAGCCUUCACGACGAGAAUCUGUUGUGGAGGGAUCUAAACCUGAGAGCUUGAAAGAUGACAAGUCUCUGCCUGUUUCCAAAGAACCAUCACGUCCGGGCUCUGCAGUAGAAAGCGUGAAGGAUGAGCAUGAAAAGCCAGAAAGUGUGAAGGACGAUAAGUCUGCAGAGCCUUCAAGACGAGAAUCUGUAGCGGCGACCUCUAAGCCUGAGAGCUUGAAAGAUGACAAGUCUUUGCCUGUUUCCAACGAACCAUCACGUCCGGGCUCCGCGGUAGAAAGUGUGAAGGAUGAGCAUGAAAAGCCAGAAAGUGUGAAGGACGAUAAGUCUGCAGAGCCUUCACGACGAGAAUCUGUUGUGGAGGGAUCUAAACCUGAGAGCUUGAAAGAUGACAAGUCUUUGCCUGUUUCCAAAGAACCAUCACGUCCGGGCUCUGCGGUAGAAAGUGUGAAGGAUGAACAUGAGAAGGCGGAAAGUCCGAAGGACGAUAAGUCUGCAGAGCCUUCAAGACGCGAAUCUGUUGUGGAGGAAUCUAAACCUGAGAGUUUGAAAGAUGAGAAGUCUCUGCCUGUUUCCAAAGAACCAUCACGUCCGGGCUCUGCGGUAGAAAGCGUGAAGGAUGAGCAUGAAAAGCCAAAAAGUGUGAAGGACGAUAAGUCUGCAGAGCCUUCACGACGAGAAUCUGUUGUGGAGGGAUCUAAACCUGAGAGCUUGAAAGAUGACAAGUCUUUGCCUGUUUCCAAAGAACCAUCACGUCCGGGCUCUGCGGUAGAAAGUGUGAAGGAUGAACAUGAGAAGGCGGAAAGUCCGAAGGACGAUAAGUCUGCAGAGCCUUCAAGACGAGAAUCUGUUGUGGAGGGAUCUAAACCUGAGAGUUUGAAAGAUGACAAAUCUCUGCCUGUUUCCAAAGAAACAUCACGUCCGGCUUCUGUUGUAGAAAGUGUGACGGAUGAGCAUGAAAAACCAGAAAGUGUAAAGGACGAUAAGUCUGCAGAGCCUUCAAGACGCGAAUCUGUUGUGGAGGGAUCUAAACCUGAAAGUUUGAAAGAUGACAAGUCUCUGCCUGUUUCCAAAGAACCAUCACGUCCGGGCUCCGCGGUAGAAAGUGUGAAGGAUGAACAUGAAAAGCCAGAAAGUGUGAAGGACGAUAAGUCUGUAGAACCUUCAAGACGAGAAUCUGUUGUGGAGGGAUCUAAUCCUGAGAGUUUGAAAGAUGACAAAUCUCUGCCUGUUUCCAAAGAACCGUCACGUCCGGCUUCUGUUGUAGAAAGUGUGACGGAUGAGCAUGAAAAACCAGAAAGUGUGAAGGACGAUAAGUCUGCAGAGCCUUCAAGACGAGAAUCUCUUAUGGAGGGAUCUAAACCUGAAAGUUUGAAAGAUGACAAGUCUCUGCCUGUUUCCAAAGAACCAUCACGUCCGGGCUCUGCGGUAGAAAGUGUGAAGGAUGAACAUGAGAAGGCAGAAAGUCCGAAGGACGAUAAGUCUGCAGAGCCUUCAAGACGAGAAUCUCUUAUGGAGGCAUCGAAGCCUGAGAGUUUGAAAGAUGACAAGUCUCUGCCUGUUUCCAAAGAACCAUCACGUCCGGCUUCUGUUGUAGAAAGUCUGAAGGAUGAGCAUGAAAAGCCAGAAAGUGUGAAGGACGAUAAGUCUGUAGAACCUUCAAGACGAGAAUCUGUUGUGGAGGGAUCUAAACCUGAGAGUUUGAAAGAUGACAAAUCUCUGCCUGUUUCCAAAGAACCGUCACGUCCGGCUUCUGUUGUAGAAAGUGUGAAGGAUGAGCAUGAAAAGCCAGAAAGUGUGAAGGACGAUAAGUCUGUAGAACCUUCAAGACGAGAAUCUGUUGUGGAGGGAUCUAAACCUGAGAGUUUGAAAGAUGACAAAUCUCUGCCUGUUUCCAAAGAACCGUCACGUCCGGCUUCUGUUGUAGAAAGUGUGAAGGAUGAGCAUGAAAAGCCAGAAAGUGUGAAGGACGAUAAGUCUGCAGAGCCUUCAAGACGAGAAUCUCUUAUGGAGGCAUCGAAGCCUGAGAGUUUGAAAGAUGACAAGUCUCUGCCUGUUUCCAAAGAACCAUCACGUCCGGCUUCUGUUGUAGAAAGUCUGAAGGAUGAGCAUGAAAAGCCAGAAAGUGUGAACGACGAUAAGUCUGCAGAGCCUUCAAGACGAGAAUCUCUUAUGGAGGGAUCGAAGCCUGAGAGUUUGAAAGAUGACAAGUCUCUGCCUAUUUCCAAAGAACCAUCACGUCCGGGCUCUGCGGUAGAAAGUGUGAAGGAUGAACAUGAGAAGGCAAAAAGUCCGAAGGACGAUAAGUCUGCAGAGCCUUCAAGACGCGAAUCUGUUGUGGAGGGAUCUAAGCCUGAGAGCUUGAAAGAUGACAAGUCUCUGCCUGUUUCCAAAGAACCAUCACGUCCGGGCUCUGCGGUAGAAAGCGUGAAGGAUGAGCAUGAAAAGCCAGAAAGUGUAAAGGACGAUAAGUCUGCAGAGCCUUCAAGACGCGAAUCUGUUGUGGAGGGAUCUAAGCCUGAGAGCUUGAAAGAUGACAAGUCUCUGCCUGUUUCCAAAGAACCAUCACGUCCGGGCUCUGCGGUAGAAAGCGUGAAGGAUGAGCAUGAAAAGCCGGAAAGUCCGAAGGACGAUAAGUCUGCAGAGCCUUCACGACGAGAAUCUGUUGUGGAGGGAUCUAAACCUGAGAGCUUGAAAGAUGACAAGUCUCUGCCUGUUUCCAAAGAACCAUCACGUCCGGCUUCUGUUGUAGAAAGUGUGACGGAUGAGCAUGAAAAGCCAGAAAGUGUAAAGGACGAUAAGUCUGCAGAGCCUUCACGACGAGAAUCUGUUGUGGAGGGAUCUAAACCUGAGAGCUUGAAAGAUGACAAGUCUCUGCCUGCUUCCAAAGAACCAUCACGACCGGCUUCUGUGGUAGAAAGCGUGAAGGAUGCGGAGCAGAAGCCAGAAAGUGUGAAGGGCGACAAGUCUGCAGAGCCUUCAAGGCGAGAAUCUCUUGCGGAGGGAUCUAGACCUGAGAGUUUGAAAGAUGACAAGUCUCUGCCUGUUUCCAAAGAACCAUCACGACCGGCUUCUGUGGUGGAAAGCGUGAAGGAUGAGCAUGAAAAGCCAGAAAGUGUGAAGGACGAUAAGUCUACAAAUCAGUCCCGAAAAGAAUCCAUUGCGGAAAGCACUCACCCGGAGAGCUUGAAAGAUGACAAGUCUCUGCCUGCUUCCAAAGAACCAUCACGACCGGCUUCUGUGGUAGAAAGCGUGAAGGAUGCGGAGCAGAAGCCAGAAAGUGUGAAGGGCGACAAGUCUGCAGAGCCUUCAAGGCGAGAAUCUCUUGCGGAGGGAUCUAGACCUGAGAGUUUGAAAGAUGACAAGUCUCUGCCUGUUUCCAAAGAACCAUCACGACCGGCUUCUGUGGUGGAAAGCGUGAAGGAUGAGCAUGAAAAGCCAGAAAGUGUGAAGGACGAUAAGUCUACAAAUCAGUCCCGAAAAGAAUCCAUUGCGGAAAGCACUCACCCGGAGAGUUUGAAAGAUGACAAGUCUCUGCCUGUUUCCAAAGAACCAUCACGACCGGCUUCUGUGGUGGAAAGCGUGAAGGAUGAGCAUGAAAAGCCAGAAAGUGUGAAGGACGAUAAGUCUACAAAUCAGUCCCGAAAAGAAUCCAUUGCGGAAAGCACUCACCCGGAGAGUUUGAAAGAUGAUAAAUCUCUGCCUGUUUCCAAAGAACCAUCUCGUCCGGCUUCUGCGGUAGAAAGCGUGAAGGAUGAGCAUGAAAAGCUAGAAAGUUUUAAGGACGAUAAAUCUACAGAACAGUCCCGCAAAGAAUCCAUUGUGGAGAGCACUCACCCGGAGAGCUUGAAAGAUGACAAGUCUCUACCUGCUUCCAAAGAACCAUCACGUCCGCCUUCUGCGGUAGAAAGCGUGAAGGAUGAGCAUGAAAAGCCAGAAAGUGUGAAGGACGAUAAGUCUACAGAUCAGUCCCGAAAAGAAUCCAUUGCAGAAAGCACUCACCCGGAGAGCUUGAAAGAUGACAAGUCUCUGCCAGUUUCCAAAGAACCAUCACGUCCGGCUUCUGUGGUAGAAAGCGUGAAGGAUGAACAUGAAAAGCCAGAAAGUGUGAAGGACGAUAAGUCUGUAGGGCCUUCAAGACGCGAAUCUGUUGUGGAGGGAUCUAAACCUGAGAGUUUGAAAGAUGACAAGUCUCUGCCUGCUUCCAAAGAACCAUCACGUCCGGGUUCUGUGGUAGAAAGCGUGAAGGAUGAGGAGGAGAAGCCAGAAAGUGUGAAGGGCGACAAGUCUGCAGAGCCUUCAAGGCGAGAAUCUGUUGUGGAGGGAUCUAGACCUGAGAGUUUGAAAGAUGAUAAAUCUCUGACUGUUUCCAAAGAACCAUCACGUCCGGGUUCUGUUGUAGAAAGCGUGAAGGAUGAGCAUGAAAAGCCAGAAAGUGUGAAGGACGAUAAGUCUACAGAUCAGUCCCGAAAAGAAUCCAUUGCAGAAAGCACUCACCCGGAGAGCUUGAAAGAUGACAAGUCUCUGCCAGUUUCCAAAGAACCAUCACGUCCGGGUUCUGUUGUAGAAAGCGUGAAGGAUGAGCAUGAAAAGCCAGAAAGUGUGAAGGACGAUAAGUCUGCAGAGCCUUCAAGACGAGAAUCUCUUAUGGAGGGAUCGAAGCCUGAGAGUUUGAAAGAUGACAAAUCUCUGCCUCUUUCCAAAGAACCAUCACGUCCGGCUUCUGUGGUAGAAAGCGUGAAGGAUGAGCAUGAAAAGCCAGAAAGUGUGAAGGACGAUAAGUCUGCAGAACAGUCCCGAAAAGAAUCCAUUGCAGAAAGCACUCACCCGGAGAGCUUGAAAGAUGACAAGUCUCUGCCAGUUUCCAAAGAACCAUCACGUCCGGCUUCUGUGGUAGAAAGCGUGAAGGAUGAACAUGAAAAGCCAGAAAGUGUGAAGGACGAUAAGUCUGUAGAGCCUUCAAGACGCGAAUCUGUUGUGGAGGGAUCUAAACCUGAGAGUUUGAAAGAUGACAAGUCUCUGCCUGCUUCCAAAGAACCAUCACGUCCGGGUUCUGUGGUAGAAAGCGUGAAGGAUGAGGAGGAGAAGCCAGAAAGUGUGAAGGGCGACAAGUCUGCAGAGCCUUCAAGGCGAGAAUCUGUUGUGGAGGGAUCUAGACCUGAGAGUUUGAAAGAUGAUAAAUCUCUGCCUGUUUCCAAAGAACCAUCACGUCCGGGUUCUGUUGUAGAAAGCGUGAAGGAUGAGCAUGAAAAGCCAGAAAGUGUGAAGGACGAUAAGUCUGCAGAACAGUCCCGAAAAGAAUCCAUUGCAGAAAGCACUCACCCGGAGAGCUUGAAAGAUGACAAGUCUCUGCCUGCUUCCAAGGAACCAUCACGACCGGCUUCUGUGGUAGAGAGCGUGAAGGAUGAGGAGGAGAAGCCAGAAAGUGUGAAGGGCGAUAAGUCUGCAGAGCCUUCAAGACGAGAUUCUAUUGCCGAGAGUAUCAAGUCGGAGAGCUUGAAAGAUGACAAGUCUCUGCCUGUUUCCAAAGAACCAUCACGUCCGGAUUCUGUGGUAGAAAGCGUGAAGGAUGAGCAUGAAAAGCCAGAAAGUGUGAAGGACGAUAAGUCUACAGAUCAGUCCCGAAAAGAAUCCAUUGCGGAAAGCACUCACCCGGAGAGCUUGAAAGAUGACAAGUCUCUGCCUGCUUCCAAAGAACCAUCACGACCGGCUUCUGUGGUAGAGAGCGUGAAGGAUGAGGAGGAGAAGCCAGAAAGUGUGAAGGGCGACAAGUCUGCAGAGCCUUCAAGACGAGAAUCUGUUGUGGAGGGAUCUAAACCUCAGAGUUUGAAAGAUGACAAGUCUCUGCCUGUUUCCAAAGAACCAUCACGUCCGGAUUCUGUGGUAGAAAGCGUGAAGGAUGAGCAUGAAAAGCCAGAAAGUGUGAAGGACGAUAAGUCUACAGAUCAGUCCCGAAAAGAAUCCAUUGCGGAAAGCACUCACCCGGAGAGCUUGAAAGAUGACAAGUCUCUGCCUGCUUCCAAAGAACCAUCACGACCGGCUUCUGUGGUAGAAAGCGUGAAGGAUGAGGAGGAGAAGCCAGAAAGUGUGAAGGGCGAUAAGUCUGCAGAGCCUUCAAGACGAGAUUCUAUUGCCGAGAGUAUCAAGUCGGAGAGCUUGAAAGAUGACAAGUCUCUGCCUGUUUCCAAAGAACCAUCACGUCCGGAUUCUGUGGUAGAAAGCGUGAAGGAUGAGCAUGAAAAGCCAGAAAGUGUGAAGGACGAUAAGUCUGCCGAACAGUCCCGAAAAGAAUCCAUUGAGGAAAGCACUCACCCGGAGAGCUUGAAAGAUGACAAGUCUCUGCCUGCUUCCAAAGAACCAUCACGACCGGCUUCUGUGGUAGAAAGCGUGAAGGAUGAGGAGGAGAAGCCAGAAAGUGUGAAGGGCGACAAGUCUGCAGAGCCUUCAAGACGAGAAUCUGUUGUGGAGGGAUCUAAGCCUGAGAGCUUGAAAGAUGACAAGUCUCUGCCUGUUUCCAAAGAACCAUCACGUCCGGAUUCUGUGGUAGAAAGCGUGAAGGAUGAGCACGAAAAGCCAGAAAGUGUGAAGGACGAUAAGUCUACAGAUCAGUCCCGAAAAGAAUCCAUUGAGGAAAGCACUCACCCGGAGAGUUUGAAAGAUGACAAGUCUCUGCCUGUUUCCAAAGAACCAUCACGUCCGGGCUCUGCGGUAGAAAGUGUGAAGGAUGAGCAUGAAAAGCCAGAAAGUGUGAAGGACGAUAAGUCUGCAGACCCUUCAAGACGAGAAUCUGCUACGGCGAGUUCUAAGCCUGAGAGCGUGAAAGAUGACAAAUCUUUGCCUGUUUCCAAAGAACCAUCACGUCCGGGCUCUGCGGUAGAAAGCGUGAAGGAUGAGCAUGAAAAGCCAGAAAGCCCGAAGGACGAUAAAUCUGCGGAGCCGUCCAGACGUGAAUCUGUUGCAGAAAGUACAAAAGCAGAAAGCAUAAGGGAAGAAAAGUCUCUUCCUGCCUCGAAGGAACCAUCACGACCGGGAUCAGUUGCCGAAUCAGUGAAAGAUGAUAAUGAAAAGCCUGAAAGUAUCAAGGAUGAAAAGUCUUCUGAGCUUUCAAGACGUGAGUCGAUUGCGGAAAGUAGUAAGCACGAGAGCUUGGAAGUUUCUAAGGAUUUGUCGGGCUCCAAAAAAGAAUCACAUUCUGAAGGUGUACAAGAUGAACAUGAAAUGCCAGAAAGCCAAUUAGACGCGAAGUUAACUAAGGAAUUCGCGAGACGAGACUCUAUUGCAGAAACGGUUUCUUCCCCAAUUGAUAAAGCGCAAGACUUUGCACUGGUGGAUCACGUAAUUAAAGAUACUUUCGUUUUAAAUUUGGAUACGAAGGGUGACUAUCCAACACUUUCGAGCCCCAUUGAUGUUGCUGAGGGUGACUUCGCAGCGACAGCUUCCCUAUCACCUAAGUCAACGAAGUCAGAUUGUCAAAAGACUUCCCCGCCUGUAUCUGUUGGCGAAACUGCAUCUUCGCCCAUUGAUGAAGCAAAAGAUUUUGUACUAUCGGAACAUAUAAAAAAAGAAACAUUUGUCUUAGCUUUGGAAUCAAAGAGCGAUUUUCCAACACUCUCAAGUCCCAUUGAUGUUGCUGAGGGUGAUUUCACAGUGUCACCAGCAAAGCCGCUUGAUGAAAAAGCCCCGGAAGAAUCACCCAAAGAUAAUAAGUCUGCAUCGAGCUCCAAGGAAAUAUCACAACCUGAAUCCGCACAUGAAUCUACAGUAGGAAGUCCAAAGGCGGACAGUAUUAUGGAAUCUGGUGUCGAAAUCGUUCAUGAUAAAAUGGAAAAACUAGAAAGUGAUAAGGACAAGAAGUCUGCAACAUCUUCCAGAAGUGGAUCUAUUGCAGAAAGCAUAAAAGUUGAUGAUAAGUCUCUACCGGCCUCUAAAGAAGUAUCGCGUCCCACAUCUGUGGUAGAUAAAGUUAAAGAGGAAUCGGAAAAAUCAGAAGAUGAUCAGAAGCAUAGCGAUAACUUAGAACAUAAAACUUCUCCAAUUACCUCAAAGGAACCAUCGCGUCCAGCAUCAAUGGCUGAAAGUGCGAAGUCAAAGGAAUCUUCCCGUCCAAGUUCAGUCGCUGAAACAGCAUCAUCACCAAUAGAUGAGGCUUCAAGAGAACCUCUGAUAUUAGUAUUGUCCUCCUCUGAAAUGACAGCAAACUACCCAACUGUGUCCACUCCAGUUGAUGUUGCUGAAGGCGAGUUUUCUCACACGAUACCAGGGGCAAUUGAAAUCGACAAGCCUGCCGAAGAUGCCAGAGUUGGAGCGAUACUAACAGCUUCCAGCCCAGUCGAUGUAGCAGAUAAUAUUUUAGAAUCGAUUACGACCAUUGAAGAACAUAUCAUUCCACAGACAAGCCAACCCGAAUCAGAUACAAUCAGCUCGAUCUGCAAAGGUAACCUGGAAUCGCUAGCUGAUACGUUGAGUAAAAAGGCAGAAACAGUAAUAGAUACAGUGAGUCAGACCCUAGAAACCGCUAAGGAGCUAGUAUCAGAGUCAUUGGAUGGAAUAACUAAGGAAAGUUCGAAACCAGCAGACCUCCAUUCUGUACAGGAUUUAAAAACUCCUGAGGUUUCCAAAGCAGAAGAGAAGCAAGCGGCUAGCUCGGUUAUGGAAACUAUUGCAGAUAUGACAGAAGAUGCAACUGCCAAGGGUAACUUAGACUUGAGUGGCUUUUCCGAACUUCGCGAGACACAUAUUACCACAGUUGAUUCACCAGAAUUCACAGUAACGAUAUGUGAACGCGAUGAGAGUAUUUUGCACGAUAUCAAGGAAGAGGAUGAGGAGCACAGAUUCUCGCCACCAACCGAAAAGGGAGCCAUUAUAGCAGAGCAACCAAUGCGUCCACUCUCGCCACGUGAAGAAGAAGUCGCCAAGAUUGUGGCCGAUGUGGCCAAGGUCUUGAAGUCCGAUAAGGCUAUUACUGAUAUUAUACCUGGGUUCAACGAGAAGCAAUUGGAAGAAAAGCUAAAAACCACUGCAGAACCUGAAGCUGGCGACGCAGAUAAUUUAAAAUCAAUCACACCUGAAGCACUUUCAAGUAAAUUAACUGCAACAAAGGAUCUUUCAUUGGAUGAAAAGAUAUUGGAUAUUAAAAUGAUGAAGGUGGAUAUUGAAUCUGAAAAAUCAUCACCAGACCAAAAGUCUGGGCCGAUAUCAAUUGAAGAGAAGGACAAAAUUGAGCAGUCUGAAAAGGCGCAACUCCGAGAAGGAGCUGCCAAGUUGGCUGACAUUGAGGUUGCCAAGGAUAGUUCCAGGCCGGAGUCUGCAACAAGUCAGCUGGGAGCCAUCGAGUCCUUACCAUCCCGCACGGAGUCGGUAGCAAGCCAAAAGGAGGAAAAGCUGGAAGAAUUGAUAGUUCUGUCUAGAGAAUCAUCGCGACCCGAAUCAGUGGCAAGUCUGAAAGAGGAACUGGAUCAAAAGCAUGAAAAGUCGCCGCCACUAUCAAAGGAUAUUUCCAGGCACGAGUCAAUUGCCAGCCACGUUAGUGAGAAGGAAGGUGGCAGUGCAGAGUUACACUCGAGACGUGAGUCCAUAUUGUCUGUUGCUGAAAGCGAAAAACGAGAAGGAUCAGUCACCGCAAGUAAGGAUGCAACUCGUCCAGAAUCCGCAGCCAGCCACGUCAGCGGGCAGUCAUCCCACCCGGAAGCUGUAGAGAAGGAACCUGAGACUUCACGCCCAGCAUCAAGUGCCAGCCAUAUCAGUGCCAAGGAUGACCAGAGUUCAGUGUCUCAACGUGAUUCAGUACUGAUAUCGACACUGGAGACCAAAAAGGAGGAAAAAUCAAGUGAAUCAACAACCACUUCAAAGUCUGUCAUAAGUGAAUCUCACCUAAAAGAAGAAUCCAUUAGCGAAUCUUUAAGUAGCAGCAUGAAGGUUGAAGACAGUUCACUGCGCGAGUCAUUGUCCAGCUUGCUGACCGACAAGGAAACCACAAAAUUGUCUAGCUCUAGCAUUAAGGAAGAUACAGAGCAUAUUACAAAGAUAAUGGAGAAAACAACAACAUCACAAUUGGAAGAGCUACUCAUACAAUCCGAAGAGUGCUCAUCUGAGUCGAUAGUUAGCGAGAUUCAAACUACGAGCUCCCAAAAGCCAAGCAGUCAAAUCUCAAGUAAGGAAUUCACAAGCACAACUGUUCAGGAAUCGGUAAAGGACAGUCUCAAGGAAACGGUAGCUGAGUUUUUGGCAACAGAGAAAAUUGUUUCGGCCAAAGAAACCUUCAGCGCUGAGGCUACCAAAACAGCUGAUGACUGUGUGAAGAUGAUAUCCAGUGAAAUCACCUCUCAGAAGCCCUUGUUUGUCGGCACGGACGAAUCACGCCGUGAAUCGAUGCUUAGCCAGACAAGCGAGGGUCGACAAACCCACAGUGACGUUGAGGAUGAUAGCGACGAUGAUAGACAUGCCGGUCUAAAGGAGGGUCGCUCCAAGUCCAUUGCUACCAUCAUGAUGACCAGCAUCUAUAAGCCCUCCGAGGAGCUUGACUCGAUUGCCGCGAUCAAAGAAGAGGAGUCCAAAGAGGAGGACGAGCAUGAAACAUCCAGGGAGACAAAAACCACUUCCUCCACAGACACAACCACUAAGACAACCACAUUGCUGCAAUCCUCUGAACAGAGCAGCAGCACCACUACCACAACUAAAUCAACCGACUCGAAAACCAAAGUUGAGUCGAUAACACUAUCACAUACACAAACACAAGCUGAGCAAGCAACGGACAGCACAGAUCGCAAGACACCGCCAACGGCACCGGUCAGCCCCAGUGUUAAGCCAGUGAGCGCCUCGAGCACCUCGAGCACCGCGGCCACCGGCUCUGGCUGUGCCAAGAGUGAGUCUAGCGCUGCCAGCGUAGCAUCGACAUCGGGCCCAUUGUCGCCCAAAGAUAUUAGUGGUAAGUCUAGUCCUGGUGCUUUAACAUCUGAAAGUCAAUCCAUACCAACACCGCUAGGGCGUGAAUCACACACCGAGACACCAGAGUCAUCGCCCAAACCAACAUCUCCAUUCCCGCGUGUCAGCAAGGACGAGCUCAGGUCCCUAGGCGUAGUCGAGGAACCCGACCUAGCCGAGAUUGGCGUCGACUCCAGCGAGUUGCUGCCCGAACUGCACGAGUUGCGUGGCAUUGAGAGCACCACUGCGCUCAGCGGCAGCACCGAAAAGAUCAUAACGACAACUAUAACCACAGUUACCAAGGUAAUCUCCGCCGAUGGCAAGGAGAUUGUGACCGAGCAAAAGACAGUUACCACAACCGAUAGCUCUGAGCCAGAUAGCGAAAAGGUUGUAGUAACCACAACGCGCACCACCAGUGAGAGCGAAAAAAGCGAACGUGAGCGCGACCAAAUGCUACCCAAGGAGGUGGCCAUGCUGCGUGGAAUUUACCGUUCUAGCACACCCGGCAGCGAUGAUGAGCGUCUGGCUGGCGCCAUGAGCGAUGAUGAGCUGCCAGGCACGCCACGCAGCACGAGCUACGAUCUGCAGCGCUCCAGCUCUGGAGUUAGCAAGCGGUCGGAUCUAGAUGGCGAGGACAGUCAAGAUGAUAUACCGCCUCAAUAUGGCAGCGAGGAGCAUUCCACAGCGCGUGCCAUUCUGCCGCCCCGCACAGCCGAUCCCAUGGCAACCUCGUUCUAUGGUGCACUUCCCGAUAGCUUUGACGGCAAGCCCAGCACCGAGCCAAUACCAAUACGCGGUGCCGUGCUGAUGACCUACACAGACUCACCGCCAGCCAGUCAGUCGUCGGAGAGCGUGGAGAGCACCAGCCAAACCUGGGCCGGACAUAAAUUCCUGGAUGAGGCCGACAAGGACUUCCAGAAGGCACUCGAGGAGCAUGUGCAGGCGCGUGGCGCCGAGGUGAUGUCUUCCGUGACCGCCAAGUAUUCCUACUCGCCAUCCAAGGCCGAGGAGGUUGAGCAGAUUGUGAGCAGCACUGCCGAGAGACAACGUUUCCCCCUUAGCGAUGUCCAGAAGGUACGCAGCGGCGACAAUCUAUUGGCCAGUUUUGGUACCCUCAGUCCAGCUGGUGGCAAUCUUCAAUCAGUGAGCACUGCAACCACAACUGGCGCUGAAAGCAGCCAUACAACCACAACACUAUCAACAGCAACAACUGCAGCAACAGCAACAACUGCAGCAACAGCAACAACAACAGCUAGCACAAGCAGCACUACCGGCACCCUGCCAAAGGAUCGUCUUGAGGAGUGGGGCAAACCACUCGGCCUGCCAUCGCCGGCACCAUUGCCGGUCGAAGGUGCCGAUAUACGCACCACGCCCAAGAAGGAGCGUCGCUUGGUCGCAACCAAGACGCGACUGAACAACGAGAAGAACAUGCGCAAGCGUAGCGAGUCACCCAACAAGGCCAAGAAGCCCGCACCAGUCUAUGUGGAUCUUACCUAUGUGCCGCACAACGGUAACUCCUACUAUGCGCACGUCGACUUCUUUAAGCGCGUCCGCGCUCGCUACUAUGUCUUCUCCGGCACAGAGCCUAGCCGUCAGGUCUACGAUGCCCUGUUGGAGGCCAAACAAACCUGGGAAGACAAAGAGCUAGAGGUCACCAUUAUACCCACGUAUGACACUGACGUGCUGGGCUACUGGGUGGCCGAAAAUGAGGAGCUGCUUGCCAAGCACCGCAUUGAUCUGUCGCCAUCCGCUUCGCGCUGCACAAUUAACUUGCAGGAUCAUGAGACCUCGUGCUCCGCAUAUCGCUUAGAGUUCUAGGCCACGGGCUUGUUUAUUGCAUUUGACGACGACGACUAAGAGUUAAAUAAAGAAACCAACAUUUUUUCAAAUCACUUCCACACACAGACAGCGAUUUGCUCUCUCUCGUAAACCUGAUUGGGGCUAUCAACAGCAAAUAACAAAAGCAAAAAAACUCACACUCUCACUCACACACACACACAACAGACAUCAAAAUGACGACUUCCAAUUUUUGAGCUUAACGAUGACGACUAAAAAACAAAACAAAAAAAAAA